AUGAAUGCCAUCAUUUGGAAUGUGAUAGGUGUAGCUAGUGUAGCUACUCGUAGGCGCCUGAAGAAUCUUAUACAGCUUCAUCAGAUUUAUCUUCUAGUUCUAUUGGAGCCUUUUGUUCUGAUGCAGAAUUUUGCAUAUACACGAUGCUAUCUACGCUUUGACAUGGGAGCUCAGAAUGAAUCGAAUAAGAUCUGGUUUUUCUGGAAUUCGGGGACUAAUGUUACUGUUAUUGUUGAUCAUCCCCAGUUUCUUCACGUUAGAGUUGAGGAUCCCAGACUAGCACGUGCUAUCUAUUUGACUCCAGUCUAUGCGUCAUGCGAUGCUACUAUCAGGAGAGAUUUGUGGGCAGGUCUUCACCACAUCUCCCUCGAUAUGGACGAUCCUUGGCUAGUUGGAGGAGACUUUAAUGUUAUUACACAUGAUGGAGAGCGCACUGGUCAUAAUACCCGUAAUCGUGGCACUACUGAUUUCUCUGAUAUGAUGUUAGACUGUGGUUUAGAGGAUGCGGGUUUCAUUGGAAACCGAUAUACUUGGACCAAUGGUCGGGGUUUGGGACUAUCACCAAUGAUUCCAGAAGGGCCGAAAUCCUUAAACCCUAAACCGCAAACCCCAAACCCUAAACCCUAA